AUGCUGCCGGGGCCCGCGCUCCUCCUCUUCCUGGGCCUGGGUCGCCUCCCGCCGCCCUCUGCUCCUCGCGGGGCCCAGGUCCCCGGUCCCGGGCCGCCGGCCUCGCUAUCGGCCUUCCGCGCCCCGUCAGGGGACCAGCCUGGCGUCCCCGCUUGGGCCGAGGUCGCCGAGCCGCGGCGUCUCCGGGGCGCCCCGGGCCUUGCGAUGCGCUGCAGCCAGGCCCUGCUCCGCCUGCGGCCCCGCGCGGCGGCCGCAGGCGGCGUUGUGUUCAGCGGCCGCCGCAGCCUUUACAUGGCUCGACGCCAGGGCGCCGCUGCCAGGCCACGCUGGUACUGCCUCGGCGUGCGCGUCCUUGUGCGCGCCCGCGGCGGCCUCACCGCCCCCACCGACGUGCGCCUGCGCUUGGCGGCGCUCAGCGGCCGCCUCUCCCUGGCGUGGUUCGCGACGCUGCCCCGCCCUCUGCGUCACCCUUCGUGGACCUUUCACCUGCGCUUGCUCGGGCCCUGCGCGACGCGACGACCCCGCGACGCCGCGACGGGCCGCCAGUCCUCCGCCAGCUCCGCCGGCUCCCCGGCCGGCGUGGGCUUCGUGGCCGAAACCAAGUGUCCCACGGAUGGCCCCACGCGCGUGAUUCUAGAGGCCGUCAACUCGUACACUCCCAAAGCCAUCGAGUCUUCGGUGUCCUGCCAGCUGAAACCCUGUGUCAUCAACCAGGUAAAGGUCAACAGGAACAAAGCCCGUUCUCCAGUGCGGUUGACCUGGAAGACGGAGGCCACCCUGAACGCCAGUGUGGACGUCGACUGCCCAGAUGCCCUCUCCAUUACUCAGUUUUGGCAGGUCUUUUCCGUGCCGUCUGCCUUGGAUGUGCCCGAGUGGACUAAACCUUUGGAUGUACCCCAGCUGGAGACGAGGAUAAAUUCAUCAUUUCUCCAUAUCCCCAAGGCUUCUUUAAUUUGGGGCGUGUAUGUGGUUAAUUUCGUCGUGGCCAUCACCACAUCCGAUCCAGAAAUGCCUCUGGUAAAAGACUCGGACUACAUCUACGUGGAGGUUGUCAGAAGUAAAUUGAAGGCCGUUAUUCUAGGGGGUCCCAGCCUGACAAUUAAUUUCACAGAUGGGCUGGUUCUGGACGGUUCCAUGUCCUCCGACCCAGAUGCAGACAACCCAUUAGAGGGACUCACGUUUUUUUGGUACUGUACAACGAAUCAGAGAAACUACAAUGGAGAUGAAAUUGCAGUGCUGAGCCCUCACAUUUGCCAGCCAGGGCAAACUGACCUGCACUGGCCAUGGGCCUCUGGCCCUGUGCUAACACUUUUACCAGAAACACUGAAAGGUAACCAGGUGUAUUUUUUCAGAAUGGUGGUACAGAAAAGUGACAGAACAACCUUUGCUGAUAGAAGGGUGUAUGUGCUCCAAGGACCAGUACCUGUAACAAGUAUGUCAUGUAUUGAAAACUGUGGUCGAAAUUUAAUGGUAUCAGAUAGAUUUUCUUUGUUUCUAAAUUGCACAAACUGUGCCAUAAGCCGUAUCUUCUAUAAAUGGUCAGUUUUGUCACCUAUAGCUCACGAGAUGCCAUUUGAUUGGAUGGGGCAAGCUACAACAGGGAGAAACGGUGUUUACCUGUCUAUAAAGGCUUUUGCUUUUAAGCAGUUUUUGGAAAAGAGGUACUGGGUUUCUCUGUAUCUGUCAACUUGGGGUGGCGUGAUCAGAACCUUUAGGCAUGGCUUUGUUAUUAACCACGGCCCUGAGAUCGGAGAAUGCAGCAUUAAUCCAGCAAAAGGAAUUGCAUUUGUUACCAAAUUUGUUGUCGCGUGUAGUAAUUUUAAGGAUAAAGAUGUCCCUCUGACAUAUAAAGUAAUAGUUUCUGAUUUGGACGGUAUUGCUGAAAUAAAUUCUUUAAAAGAGAACACCUUGGGGGCCAUCCUGUACUUGGGGACACAGCCUAGAACACCCCCUUCUUUUCUCCCAGUUGGUGUGCCAGCUAAUCAUUAUGCCGUGAAGCUCUAUGUUCAGGUUUAUGACUCUCAGGGAGCUUUUUCUCAGGUGACUUUGUACGCUACCGUGCAGCCUCCUACUGAUGAGAAAUCGCCGAGGACGGUGCUCCAUCAGUUACUCAGUGCUACCGUGGGACCAAAUUCCUCGCUAUCUACUUUGCUUCAAGAGCAGAAUUUUUUAUCUGCAGGUUACUUAAUAUAUACAGUAACUUCUGUUUUGAAUAGCAUGAGAACUGACUUACCUCUCCUAGAUAACAAAGCCAGUAUCCGAACACACCUUCUCAAUCAGUCUUUCCUUCUCCCUAUAACCACUUUGGAGGAAAUUAGCCAGGUAGUCACAAUUAUUGUUGAAUUAGCCCAGAAAGAGUCUGAGUUCACCCAAGAUGUUCAGAAACUUGCCAUUGUGAGGUUAUGGCAAGCAAAUCAAGCACUACAAGCUUAUCGACGAAGGGAGACACGCAUCCGUUCCGAACAAAUAGAAAUAGUGAGUACUGGGAUCUUUACUGUUUUGUCUAACAUCCUUAAACAGAUGGCUGCUCAGGAAGUUGUUCAAGAUCCUUUCUAUGUAAUAGAAUCUCUAGCAGACACGAUACUGGCUAGUAAAGUGCCGGGGAGUAAAAGCACUGUACUGACAACCUCAAACUUGAACAUGUAUGUAAAGAAAGUUGAGAAGUGGGAUGUUACCAGCUCCUUCACCAAUCAGCAGCACUGCCGAAAUUGUUUUUAUCCAACACUAAAUGAGAGCAGUGUUCCUGAUUUGCCUCCAAAUGCCCCAGUUUCCACAAUGUUUUGUGAGUUUGCAGAUGACCCCUUUCCUUGGUUAAAUUAUGGGGGAAACAUUUCAGCAGAGGUGGUUGGAGUUAGAAUGACAGGAGCCAAGGCUAACGGUGACGUGAUUGAGAUCACGCCUGAUGUAGUGGAAGUGUACCUAAUCAGAAAAAAUUUGACCUCUACUGCUUUUAAUCUCACAAUGGGACCCAACAGUGAACCUGGUGAGGUGGCCAAGCCCUUGAAAAAGACGACAGGGGCAUUUCGCUUCGAAGUGGACAGCGGAGUAAUCAAGGAGUUGUUGGUCCAUAUUGUGACUGGCGUGACUGUGCUGUUCAAGGUGUUGGUGUUUGCAGGCAGUCAGAUCACCCCUUCUGCUCUGGUGGCCACCUUCCUCGUGCCCCAUGACAUGCCUCCUACUGCCAACCAGAGUGACCUCUUUGACCCAGCCUGUUCAGUGAAGGAGGCCCGUGUAGUUUGCCUUCCCCAGUCCCUGCUGCAGGCAAUAGCUCAACACAGACGCUCAUCCAAGUACACUGUAUCUGUGGUUCUGCAGGCCCCUCGUUUUGUCUUGACUCCCAAUGACAAGCUAGUGAGAAUUUCUCUUUUCAGCGUUCACUGCUUGGACAUGUAUGGGAUCCAGAGCGAUUGGAGAGAAGAUAAUUGCAUUCUUGGUGAGAAGACUAGCUGGCUCAAAGUGCACUGUGUCUGCAGGAACAAAAUGAGGGCCAGGCGGCAGCUGAGCCCCAUUGUAAACCUGACCAGCAUUCAGCUACAUACCCACUUUCUGACGGCCAAGGUGAUUGUGGUCCCAAAUCCCGUAGAUCUACAGCUGGAGGUCAUCAAGAACAUCAUCCAAAACCCUGUGACCCUCUUCACUGUGCUUUUCAUCAUGCUUAUCUACAUAGUCCUUGCUUUCUGGGCCUUGCACAGGGAUGCAAUGGACCAGUUUCUCAGGCAUCGGGUGAUAGUUCUACCUGACAAUGACCCUUAUGAUACCAUGUGCUACCUGGUCACUAUUUUUACAGGAAGCCGUUGGGGGUCUGGAACCAAGGCUGAUGUGUUUGUCCAGCUUAUGGGGACGGAGAGUACCAGUGAUGUGCAUUGUUUAAGCCAUCCAUAUUAUACAUCUCUUUACCGAGGAAGCAUCAAUACUUUCCUCCUAACAACGAAAAGCAACUUGGGGGACAUCCACUCCAUUCGUGUGUGGCACAACAAUGAAGGCAAAACACCCAGUUGGUACUUGAGUCGGAUCAAAGUGGAAAAUCUGUUCACCAGACGCAUCUGGCUGUUUAUGUGCCGGAAAUGGCUUUCUGUUGACACCUCUUUGGACAGGAAAUUUUGUGUUACCCCCUCAGAUGCACCUCUCAACAGAACAGACUUUUUCCUUAUAAGUACAACAUAUGAGCUAGGGAAAAGUCACAUGUGGUUCUCUGUUUUCGCUAGUGUCAUUGCUAAGCCAGUCAGCAGGCUACAGAAAUUGUCUUGUUGUUUAACAGUGUUGUUAAGUAGUCUUCUUUGUAAUAUUAUGUUCUUUAAUGCCAACAGAAAAGGAGACACUGAUUCAAAAAGGUUAUACUACAUCAGAUUAAUGAUGAUAGGAAUUGAAAGUGCCUUAAUUACAGUCCCUGUGCAAUUAUUGUUAAGUUUCUUGUUCACCUAUUCCCAGAAGAAACCUAUUCAAAUGCAUCUAGAGGAGGUAGCUCCUCGCAAGCAUCAUCCUGUGAUGUCAGAAGAGAGUGGAUUCUGGGACGAACGGUUGAGAAAGUGGUAUGCUUAUGAAACCACUAAGCCACAUACCAGGGAGGCUGACAAGCUCACAUCUACGAGCAAUCCUGAACAUCCUAAGGCUUCUAGACAGACCACCUUUAAAACCCAGCACAAGCUUGAGGAAGCAGAGGCCAAGGCCCCACAGACCCGUAGCAGUAGAACAAAUUCCAACAACAACAACAACAACGUAAGAUACGAUCAAGAUGUUCUUCCUGAAGAGCCUCCUCCCCAACAAAAAUCUAAGCCUAAGGCUAGGAUUCUUCUGCCUCAGUGGUGUGUUUAUGUAGCAUGGUUCUUGGUUUUUGCCAUUUGUAGCAUAUCAUCAUUCUUUAUUGUGUUUUACGGACUGACUUAUGGCUAUGACCUGUCAAGACGAUGGCUCUUCACAUCUUUUUGUUCAUUCUUUCAGUCAGUUUUUCUGGUGCAGACAUUUAAAAUUAUACUUUUGUCAGGUUUCAGAACAAAUAAGCCCAAGUACUGUAAAAAUCUUCCAUGGACAAUUAAAUGUCAUUACAUAGAGAUCAGGCUUCAUGGACUGGGGAAGGAUCCGGCUGAAAAGCACAGGCAGCAUCUCCGGAUCCACCACAUCCGGGGCACCAGGAUGUAUCAGCCUCUCACAGAGGAUGAAAUUAGAAUAUUCAAAAGGAAGAAGAGGAUAAAGAGAAGAGCACUCCUCUUCCUCAGUUACAUUCUAACGCACUUUAUCUUCCUUGCCCUCUUGCUUGGCCUCGUCACACUCCUGCAGCAUACUGACUGCUUUUACUAUAACAAAUUUAUUUGCGAUUAUUUCUCUGUAGACCUUGCCACAGUCACUAAGCUGGAACACAUCUAUAGGUGGCUGAACAACGUGGUGUUGCCUUUGUUCCACAAUGACCUGAACCCAACAUUUCUUUUCGAUAGCUCCUCCAAAAUCCUUGGCCUUCCACUGAUGCGGCAAGUGAGAGCAAAGCCUAGUGAAAAGAAAUGUCUGCCUGAUAAAAUCAUUGUCCUAAAUAGCAUCCAGAGGGAAAUUCAUUGUCAUCCCAAGUAUGGAAUUGACCCAGAAGACACAAAAAACUAUGCCAGCUCUUGGAAUGCUGUUGAUGAACAAGCUAUUGGCCAGAAUCCCAAUGGGUUUACUUAUAAGCCACAUGAAAAGAAAUGGGCAUAUUAUUCCUAUGGGGUGCUCCAUACCUAUGGAUCAGGGGGCUAUGCAUUCUAUUUUUUCCCAGAUCAGCAGCAGUUUAAUUCCACACUGAGGCUCAGGGAACUCCAAGGAAAUAACUGGCUUGAUGAGAAGACAUGGGCUGUGAUUUUGGAACUUACUACUUUUAAUGCAGAUAUGAAUCUGCUCUGUAGCAUUUCUGUCAUAUUUGAGGUCUCUCAGUUGGGAGUUGUAAACUCAAGUGCAUCUGUGUAUUCCUUCUCACUUGCUGACUUCAACAGGAACACUUCAGCAGAAAUCUACCUGUACCUGGCCAUUCUCAUCUUUUUUGUAGCCUAUAUUGUCGACGAGGGCUAUAUCAUUACGCAAGAAAGAGCCUCCUACGUGAGAAGUGUGUAUAAUUUACUCAACUUUGCUCUAAAAUGCAUAUUUACUGUUCUGAUUGUGCUCAUUUUCAGGAAACACCUCUUGACCACGGAUAUCAUUCACUUUUACUUGUCACACCCUAAGAAGUUCAUUCCAUCUCAUGCUGUUUCUCAAGUAGAUCACCUCAUGAGGAUAACUUUGGGUUUCCUGUUAUUUUUGACAAUUUUGAAAACCCUCAGGUAUUCCAGAGUCUUCUAUGAUGUGCGACUGGCUCAGAGGGCUAUCCAAAUUGCUCUUCCCGGCAUUUGCCACAUGGCCUUUGUGGUGUCCAUUUAUUUCUUUGUAUACAUGGCUUUUGGCUACCUAGUAUUUGGGCAGCAUGAGUGGAACUACAGUAACUUGAUUCAUGCCACCCAGACAGUAUUCUCCUAUUGUGUCUCAGCUUUUCAGAACACUGAAUUUUCCAGUAACAGGGUCCUUGGGGUCCUGUUUCUCUCGUCUUUUAUGCUGAUCAUGAUCUGCAUCUUGAUCAACCUGUUUCAGGCAGUGAUUCUGUCUGCCUAUGAGGAGAUGAAGCAGCCCGUGUAUGAGGAGCCAUCAGAUGAAGCAGAAGCAAUGACCUAUUUGUGUCGUCAGCUAAGAACAGUGUUUCGCCUCCUGACCUUCCAGUCCAGGUCCAAAGAUGAACCUGAGUUUGUCAUCAACAUGCUCUAUGGACAGCCAGAGAAGAACAACCGCCGGUAUCUGGGUCUGAAGACCAGAAAUAUUAAUGGGAAGAAGAUGGUUUAUCUCGUUGUUUGA